AUGGCAAAAAACACUAAGCAAUCUUUUGAGUUUAACCGAACCGAACGAUUACGCAGAACGAUAUUCCUCGAAGACUCCUCUGAAGAUGAAUCGUUAGAAUAUACUAACAGGAUAAAAACAAGGGAUAAUUGGAAUAAGCCACUUGCCACUUUAAUAAAGCCAAAAACAAAAGUCAAAGUUGGAGGCCGUGCUGAUUCCCUACCGGUUUCUAUUAAGCCUGUUAAAACCGUUAAAAAAAGAAAACCUCCAGUAACCGAUCGUACGGUUACUGUUAAUGUGCAGUCUAACGUAAAACCGAAACAAGUGGAACAGGCUAUUAUUAAAAUCGAAAAUAAACAAUUGGCCAAUCAAACGUCAACAAAAUUCAAAAGACACGUAUAA